AUGGCUGUGCUUACAGACUUUCUUAUGCUCACGGUGGAAAUAUUUAGAUGUAUCAUCCAUUCUCUGCUUCAGUGGAUAAUGAAACCCCCGGAGAAAACAGUUGCUAAUGAAAUCUGCUUGAUAGCAGGAGCAGCCAGUACAACUGGCAUUGGGCGCCUUUUGGCACUGGAAUUUGCCCAAAGGAGAGCUACCCUCGUCUUGUGGGAUGUUGACUCAGAAGGUAAUGAAAACAUAGCGAGGGAAGUGCGUGAGCUGGGCGUCAGGGCUUAUGCUUACACUUGUGAUGUGAGUCGACGGGAAGAGGUCUACGCUGCUGCUGAGAAGGUGAGGAGAGAUGUAGGAGAUGUCACCAUCUUGGUCAAUAAUGCCAGCAUCGUAACUAGGAAGCCCAUCUUGCAGUGUCCAGAUGAACUUCUGGAGAGGACCAUGAGGACUAACUGUCAUGCUCAUUUUUGGACUGUCAAGGCUUUCCUUCCACAAAUGAUCAAGAAGGGACAUGGCCACAUUGUCACCAUAGCUGGAUCACUGGGGCUCUUUGCAACCGGUUCCAUGGAGGGCUACUGUGCAAGCAAGUUUGCAGUGGUCGGGUUCCAUGAAGCACUGAGCCACGAGCUGAAAGCAAAAAGAGUCAACGGUGUGAAGACUACUCUCGUGUGCCCUUAUUUUGGUGACACUGGCCUCUCAGGAUGCUUUGGAAUCAGGCAAGAACUUGAAGCCAUGAUUUCUCCUGUAAAUCCAGGCUGUUGGGUGAAGUCAGCAAUGCAAGGCAUCCUUCAUAAUCAGCACAUGGUCUGCAUCCCCAGAGUGAUGUACUUUGCAAUGAUAUCAAAAAACUUCCUGCCUUGGGAUGUCCAAGUUCUUGUUCAAAAAUUCCUGGGAUUGGAUAAGUACGUUCCUCAAAAAGAAGCAAAUUGUGCUACAGGAAGAUGA